AAAAUCGAGCAGUUAGUCUUGGCAUCGGCUGUUUUGGUUUCUCAAAACCCUAAUCUGAAUCUACUCGAAUCCUUCUCAGCUCUGUAGCCCGAGGUGUUCGAGAGGAGGAGGACGACGACGAGUCAUCAAUGGCGGACGUGGAAAACCAACAAGAGCCUCCGUUGCCGGUGAAGAGGAAGGCAGAUCUCUAUUGUCAAGACCAGGAUAAUGCCGCGAACAAGGCUCAGAAGCUUCAACCCUCGAAUUCCACUGCUUCUGAAUCCAAGGAUGAAGGGAAUUGCGGAAAUCUGGAUUCUGCAAAGGAGAAGGCAGAGAUCGAGCCAGAGCUCGUGAUUUCGCCGGAAAAAGCCGCCAUGCCUGCGGCGGAGAGAGAUGAAAUCUGCGGCGGGGGGGGCUAUCUCGAAGGUGAAGAAGAGCAAGAGGAAGAAAAUGGGGAGGAGGAGGAGGCGAGGAGAGAGGCUGAGGUCGACAGGAAAGGUAAAGGCAUUAUGAGGGAUUAUAAGGGGAAAGGAAAACUGAUCGAAGAUGAUGACAGUGACGAAAACGACGAAGAAGGCGAUGACGAAGACGCCGACAGCGAUUUGUCGGACGAUCCGUUGGCAGAGGUGGAUUUGGAUAACAUUCUUCCAUCAAGGACGAGGAGGCGCGCGAUGCAGCCUGGAUUGUAUAUCUCUGGUGAAAUCGCUAACCAUGAUGAUAAUGAUGAUGACGACGAUGAUGAUGAUGACGAUGAAGACGACGAAGACGAUGAUGAUAGCGAGGAUAGUGAAGCUUGAAUGUCGCAAGGUGUCAUAAUUUGUAUCGAUGCCUAUCAUGCUCCAAUCUGUUUUCCAUUUUCUGUGUUGAAUAACCUUUGCCCUUGUCGCAAAGAUGCUUUUUUUGGCCUCUCUGUCUCCGUCUUGAAUUCGUCGUUACAAGCAAGUUCGCCGCCUUUAACAUUUGGUUUUUGGAUUGCCAGAUGAUAGAUUAUCAACUUGAGAUAGACGGAAGGUGAGAAUCUUUGUCAGAAUGCAAUGAAAUCAUUCAUGUUCUUGUGCUCUCUUAGUUGAAGAAGGGAAGGUUUGAUAAGAUCGGAUGUUUAACUCGGAAGUUUGGUUAGGGUUAUGGAGUUGGGAUCACUUCAAGUUCGAGAUGGGCACAUUUCUUUUUCAUGUUCUUAUCAACUGCCACUUUUUUUUUUCUUUCUGUUUUAUGAUUAGAUUCAGUACACAACAAUUACUGCCAGAGAUGUCAAACGAGUCAGUUUGGAUCGGAUCGAUUCGUUUCGAGCCAGUUCAUUUUUA